AUGCCGCAGCCGCUGACGUCACGGGGCUCAGCCAAUGGGCGCGGGCUGUGGCGGGGUGGGGCGGGGGCGGCCCCGGCGGGGACCGGGGCUGCUCCGGGGGGUCCCGGGCCCCCCGCUCUCCUCAUGCAGGGCAUGGGGAGCCUCCGGCUGGGCAGCCGAGCCGUCAUGUACACGGCGGAGACCCUCCCCAAGGGCAAGAACCGCGUCAUGGGGACUAUCCAGAUUAUGACGGGAUUCCUGCACAUCGGCUUCGGGAUCGUCCUGACCACGCUCACCAAUGUCUACACCUCUGUCUUCGUCAUCGGAGAGAUCCCCUUCCUGGGUGGCGUGUCGUUCAUCAUCUCCGGGUGCCUCUCCAUCGGCGCCGAGAAGAGCCCCACGGAAUGCGCGGUGAAGGGCAGCCAGACCAUGAACGUCAUCAGUGCCAUCUUUGCACUCCUGGGAAUCGUGGCCUUCAUCGUGGACCUGAACCUCAACGGGCUCUACCGCUCCAGCUACUACACUGACCUCGUCCUGCUCGCAGGGAAUGGGAUUUCCAUCGUGCUGCUCACCUUCACCAUCCUGGAAUUCUGCAUCGCCGUGGCCACCGCCAAUUUCUGGUGCCGGGCCACCCGCCUCAGCUCCAACGAGGCCAUGCUGAUUGUCCCCAGUGCCACCCGCGUGGAUCUGGCCGUGCCACCGGCGGAGCUGCCUCAGCCUCCCAGCUACAGCGAGCUGGCUGCUCCCGAAGUCUGACACUGAGGAUGUCGGUAUGGGAUCCUGCCUCCAUUGCUCCUAAAUCCCAGGGCUAUGGCAUCCUUCUCCCACUGUGCUGCCAGCUGGGAUGUGCUGGUCCUCCCCCAAAAGCCAGGGACACCCCCAAAUUCCCUGCCUCUGUGCCCUUGUCUGAGGGGCUCCACUUGCUGGCUGCUGUGGGAAGGGGCUUCUCCAGGGCGGAAUCUUGGGCAAUUCCUGCCUGUAAAUCCCUGGUGGGAUGCUGGGGUUCGCUCAUGUUUGGGUUCAGGAAUUCCUGGCGGUCUGGUGGUUUGGAGUGACCCCGAUGUGUGCCGGGAACCGGGCGGGUCACUGGAGCAUCUACCUCGGCUCGUCCCCUCUUGGCUUCAUUUUAUCUUGGGAAUAAACGCUCUCUCCGGG